CAACGUCCGGAUUACUCUGAUGGUAUAUUCACCACCUUUUUUUUAAUAAUAAACGUCUCGAUGGAGUUCAAUAUGAGUAACUUGCGAUGACAAUCGCAUCGAAAUUGAUAAUCGGUAUAAUGAGUACAUGGAAACUAAUACAGCGACGUUGUUACGAUCUUCUUUCUCAUAAAUCAUCAUUACUUAUUAUUCUUAUUGCAUUUACCUGCAUCUUUGUUGGUACUGUUCACUUUGGAGAGGUGUGGUUGGCGUGGAGUAAAGAAAAAUAUCAGGCUGUUUUUCAUUCUUUUAAUGACAAUAUACUUGGUACUUCUUUUCAAAAUAAAUUGUGCCAACAUGUGCCUAUUGAUGUAGUUUAUACAUGGGUCAAUGGCAGUGAUCCAGCAUUUAUAGAAGAUCUUAGAAAAUAUGUGACAAUUAGUGAUGUAAAUGCUGCAGUCUCUAGAUUCAAUGAUAAAGAUGAGCUUAGGUAUUCUUUGCGGUCGUUAGAAAUGUAUGCACCAUGGGUCAGACAUGUGUACAUUGUCACCAAUGGACAAAUACCCAAUUGGUUGGACAUGGAUAAUCAAAGAAUGACUCUUAUAACCCAUGACGAUAUAUUUCCCGAUAAAAGUCAUUUACCUACAUUUUCUAGUCCUGCUAUAGAAAGUCAUCUUCACAAAAUACCAGGUCUUUCAGAUAAAUUUUUAUAUUUUAAUGAUGAUGUUUUCCUUGGACAAGAAAUUUGGCCUGAAGAUUUUGUAACUCAAACUGGUGGUCAGAAAGUAUAUUUAGCAUGGUGGAUUCCUGAUUGUUCGGAUAUUUGUCCAUGGGCUUGGGUUGGAGAUGGAUCAUGUGAUCCUGCAUGUAAUACAACAGUUUGUGAAUUUGAUGGAGGAGAUUGUAAUGCAACACCUACACCAACGGAUAGUGAAAUGAUGGAAGAAGAUGGAGAUUAUCCUUAUAAAUUACUUCAAAUAAGUGAAUUUAGAAAUGAAGAGCCAAAUGCUAAUGCAUUCGAAAGAUUAAGACAUAAAAACGGAAUCUCAGAAAUAGAAAAGGCAGAUAAUGGUAUUUUAAAUAGGUCGACAGGAACUAAUAAGUCAAUUCAUGACAAUUUUUUUGAAGACAUCAUCCAUUUAUUGAAAAAUUCUCAUAAUAAUACUCUUGAAAGUGAAUUAAUACUUUCAAAACAUAAUUUCAAAAUAAAUAAAACUGGACAAGAAGGAGAAAAAAUUUCUUCCUCUACAGAAAACUCUGGAUACAAGUAUGAAUUUGCACAUCCAAAUCAUCGCAGACAACCAAAUCGUAAUGAUGACAUAAUUAAUUUAGUACAUAUCAAUAAUGACAAAUCUGAUAAAAAUAAAUACCCAAGUCAUUUAAAAAGAAAAACUCGUCGAUUAGAUACUUAUGCUGAAUCUCUACUCUAUGUAAAUAGAAUUUACAAUGCUGCUUACGGAUUCGAAAGACGUCGUGUGCCCGCUCACAUGCCUCAUCUCCUUGAUAAAUGGAUUAUAGACGAUAUGCAAAAUAAAUUUCAUUCAGAAUUCAGAAAAACAUCUUCACACAGAAUUCGAAACUCUCAGGAUAUGCAGUUUGCAUUCUCUUACUUUUAUUAUGUAGUCAGUGAGAAAUAUCAAUCAUCAAUUGGCGAUAUUUUUGAUCGAUUCGAUACAGAUAAAUCAGGAACAUGGUCUGAUAGAGAAAUAAGAACUUUAUUGUCACGUAUGAAUCCUCUACCAUUAGAUUAUAGUCUUGUAGUAGAUUUCGAGAAUGCUAUAACCAAUUGUUCAAGAAGAAUUGAACUUGCAUCAACUCCAGAACCACCUUCAGGGGAACGAUAUUUAGAUUCACUUUUACCUGUUGUUUCACGAGAACUAAUUAUCAAAUGUAGUGCAAUUGCUAGACAAAUACAGUCUCAUUUCGGUACAAAAAAUCGAUACCAUCAUGAAAUUAUUAAAGCUGGUAAAAAUGAAAUUUUCGAAAUGUUAACUAGUAAUGUAUCACAAAUAGUUCAGCUCUUAGAUGAAAUUCGAAGAGAACCAAAGAAAUUUAUAUGUCUUAAUGAUGAUAUGGAUCCGUCACGUAAAUCAGAAAAUGAAAUAAUUCGUGCAUUACUUAAUGAUUUUUAUCGUUCUUUAUAUCCAUUAAGGAGUAAUUUUGAAUUACCAGCGCAAUAUAGGAACAGGUUUUCACAUCGAGAUGAAUUAUACGAAUGGCGAUCAAGUCGUGCGAAAGCUAGAAACAUUUUAUUAUUACUUAUUUCUUUACUAAUGUUUAUUACAAUAUAUCAUUUAUUCUAUAAUCAAAUUCGCCGAUUUUUACGUAGUAGAUCUCUUCCAUCACUUCUUGUUUAGUUUAUUUUGUACAUUUCAUAGCUUAAUAUUUAUAUAACCUGUGAUAGAUCUUCAAUUCAUUCAAUUCUAUUAUAUUGUGUCAUUCUAUUUUCUAGUCAAGAAAUU